AUGAAGUUCCCGGUGCGAGGGCUGGUGGCGCGCUGGCGGUCGCUGGUGUUGCUGCUGUGCCCGCUGGUGCUGCUGCCGCUUGCCGUCUCCAGCUAUUCGGAGUCACGAUGUGGCUUUGUUGUGCUUGUGAUGGCCGUCUACUGGAUGACAGAAGUUCUCCCACUGCCCAUAACUUCACUGUUGCCUGUCGUCUUGUAUCCAAUGCUGGGCAUACUCAGUUCCAAUGAUGUCUGCAUUCAGUACCUGAAAGAAACCAACAUGAUGUUUGUAGGUGGUCUCAUUGUUGCCAUUGCAAUGGAACACUGUAAUCUUCACAAAAGGAUAGCUCUGAAGACCAUCCUCAUUAUCGGAACAAGCCCACGCAGGUUAACACUUGGCUUCAUGCUGACCACCAUGGUCCUAUCCAUGUGGAUCUCAAACACAGCCACUACAGCAAUGAUGACACCAAUUGUUCAAGCAGUUUUGGAGGAACUGAAAGCUCAUGAAGAUGUAGAGGCAAGACGAACUUCUCAGGUUCCAGCCAUUGCAGAUUCAGAGGAAGCUAGCGGGGUAUAUGAUCCUGAAACUCGCCGGAAGUCAACUGUGCUGAAGAGUGAUCUUGACAAACUGAAGCCCCCAGAUAAGGAAACCAUCUGCUACUUCCUUGGCAUUGCCUAUGCCUCUAACCUUGGAGGUACAGGAACUCUUACAGGAACUGGAACAAAUCUUACCUUCAAGGGCAUUUUCCACAGCCUUUUCCCUGAAGCUGAAGGCAUAAAUUUUGCAAGCUGGAUGAUUUUCUGUGUUCCAUUAAUGCUUCUGUCUGUCACUGCUGCAUGGAUGUGGCUUAAUGUCCUCUACAUGGGGUUGUUCAGAAAACAAACAGAUAAUGGAAAGAAGAAAGGAGAAGAACAUGCUAAGGCUGUCCGUCAAGUUAUCCAUCAGUCAUACAGUGAACUAGGUCCUAUGACAUAUCACGAAGGCUCUGUGUUGUUUCUUUUUGUUGCCAUUGUGUUGUUGUGGUUCUUCCGUGAACCUGAAUUUAUACCUGGCUGGGCCAAGUAUAUCUCCAAUGUGGAAAUUGAAGAUGCAACACCUGCCAUGCUCAUUGUGUUUCUUCUUUUCUGUCUGCCAGCUAAUCUCAAUUUCUUGAAGCUGAACAAAUCUGGUGAUGCAUCUCCAGCACUGCUUCACUGGAAAGCUGUGCAUGAAAAGGUUCCAUGGGGGCUUGUCUUGCUGCUUGGUGGAGGAUUUGCAAUGGCAGCUGGCACUAAGGCAUCUGGACUAAAUCAGUUACUUGGUGAAACAUUGGUUGCACUUGAAGUUCUCCCACGAGAAGUGAUUCUCAUUAUAGUUUGCACAGCCACAACUUUUCUCACAGAAGUCUCAUCAAAUACUGCAAUUGCUAAUAUUGUUACACCUGUACUUGCAGAAAUGGCUAAGGCAAUGGAGAUCCAUCCCCUCUAUUUUAUGAUGCCAGCUGUACUGUGUUGUUCAUUCGCCUUCAUGUUGCCUGUUGCCACUCCACCUAAUGCCAUUGUGAUGGCAGCAUCAAACAUGAGGUCAUCCGAUAUGAUGAAGGCUGGUCUGGGUAUGAACGUUAUCUGCAUCAUACUAGUAUCAAUACUAUUUCCAACAUUUGGUUCAGCUGUCUAUGGCUUGGAUACAUUCCCUGAUUGGGCAAGAGGAACAAAUAUAACAACAGGUGUGUAGCAGUUUGAAGACUGUUGCAAUCCUGCUGUAUCAUCAGACUGAGCCAUGAAUGCAUUUGUCUGAAACUAAUCAGGAAAAAUUAUGUUCCUCAAAAGAAUUCUUUUUUGUUUGCUGCAGCUGCAAAUGUUCUUGCAAAAAGGAAACCAGAUAAUUUGUGAUCAGGUAUUAUUGUACUAAAAGUACAAUCCUCUGUGCAGCUAACAUAAUCAGUAUUUAUUCAGUCUAUUUAUUGAAACCAAAUAUCUGGACAGAGUAACUUUGUG